AUGCCCAAAGCGCAGCCUGUCCCAUCAUGUAUUUUCACAUCAUUUGGCACUGGCCAACAGCUAGAAGUGUUACUGCUACAGACCUCUGGCCUACAGGACACCGUCACUCUCCUUUCUGUUGGAAAAUGGAGCAAAAUACCAACGUUACUCUCCCUGGCUUCCUCCUCCCGCCUUGUCGAAGGGCCCCAAGGAGCCCUCUGGAGCGUGCUGGAUGCUGCCACAGCCCGGGCUGGGCUGCAGGGGACUGUGGGACAGCAAGGGGGACAACAAACAACCGACAACCAGCAACUGCCAACCGCUGCCGGCCACCUCCAGGCCGCUGGCCACCGGGGCAGGAUGAAGCUGCGCAGCCAGCACCAGCCCCGGGCCUGCAGCGCCCAGCCCGCCCCCGAGGCGCCAGUGCUUCCAUCCUGUCCAACUUUCUUGUGGUUGCUGACCUGCUUUCUGCCACUUCUGCGGUUGCAGUUUUUUGUUCUUUGUUCACGAAGGAAAUGCUCCAGGUUGAAAACUGUGAAGAGGGUACAUACUGGAGAGUUAAGCUGCCGGCCAGGCUCUUCCUUCCCUGUACGUCAUUGCUUAUUCUGUCUUUCCCAGGGGCUGCAUGAAGAAGCAUUAAUACAAUUUGAAAAAAUCCAGGAUACAGAUUUCCAAGCAAUGUAUCAGCUUGGUGUAAUGCAUUAUGACGGACUAGGCACUAAAGAAGACCCUGAAAAGGGGGUGGAAUACAUGAGGAAAAUACUAGACUCCGACUCCCCGAAAGCAAGACACUUGAAGUUCGCAGCCGCAUACAACCUCGGCAGAGCGUAUUAUGAAGGAUGUGGUGUUAAGCAGUCAACUGAAGAGGCUGAAAGGUUGUGGCUUAUUGCUGCAGACCAUGGGAACCCAAAAGCAAGCGUGAAGGCCCAGAGUACUUUAGGAACGCUUUAUUCUGUGUCCGUUCCAAAAGAUCUGAAGAAGGCCUUUUUCUGGCAUUCAGAAGCAUGUGGCAACGGAAGUCUGGAAUCGCAGGGAGCGCUUGGAGUUAUGUACCUCCGUGGACAAGGUAUACGUCAAAACACAAAAGCUGCUUUGGAGUGUCUGAGAGAAGCAGCAGAACGUGGCAACAUCUAUGCUCAAGGCCAUCUUGUGGAAUAUUAUUACAAAAGAAAAUUUUACUCAACAGCUGCUGCGUUAGCCAAAAGGAUUACCAAGACCGACGACAUCGACACGCUAGCAAAGGUAACGGAUUGCCUUCCUGCCUCCGUAGCCAAGGGGGUUGCCAUGGCUGCCUUCUACUUGGCCAGGUGCCUCCAGCUCGGCCGGGGCGUCCAGCAAGAUGCAGCUGCUGCUAAAAAAUACUAUUCUAAGGCAUGCCUUCUGGAUCCUGGUGUUGCUUCUGACCUUGAACUGGCAGCUAAUCUUGGGAGAAUUUAGUCUUUCCUUUAACGGUGACUGAUAUAUAAAUGUAUUUCCUGCAAUAAACCGUCUUUUGUUUCCAGCAAUUACAGACUGUUCAUCACUUACUGCGUGCUUUUCAACUUUCUAUAAGUUAUUACUUAAAGCAAUUUACUGAUUCUUUUUUACCUAAAAAUGAGAAAGCAAAAAGCUCACACUCUUCCUUUAACCGAGAGGAGGCAAAGGCAGACUUUUUAAAAUGGCAUUGAAGACUUAAGGUUUAUUAAGAACAUUUUAGUGGGACAGAUGUGCCGUGUUUUCUUCAUGUCAUACUGCCAUAUAGUGCACGAAUCAAGCCAAAACCCCAUAAAAAUGGUUGUCUCCUUUUCUGCAUCUUUUGUAUGUAAACAUUAAGUUUUAAUAUUCUGAGAAGCUUGAACCCAACCUUGUCUAGUUUUCACACACCACCCAUUCACAGGUCACGACCAUUUUUAAAUCUUACCUUUGCUAGUGGUGCGUACACUUUCUUUCACACGCUUUUCUAAUGCAUCUGGAUCUACUUCAGGGUCUUAACUCAUUUUACUCCUAGACUGCAGAGAUUCAAAGCUGGAAAUUGGCCUGUAUGACAGUAAGCUUUACAGUUCAAACCACGUCAACUUCUAAAACUAGGCACUACUUCUUACAGAACUAUGGAGAACAACGACAAUUAGUAUGGAAACAUUCAAUAUACACGUCCUCUGCUCGAGGCCUGUUCUCCUCAAUCCCUCCUUCUAUUGCAUUCUCUCUGCCUCUGCGUUAGAAAUAGCUGAAAACCUUCUGGCUGGGAGCGCGUGUGCCCGAGCAGUGUCACGCUGAAUCUUUUAUCAAAAGAUACUUUGAUUAACCACUAGUAAAUUCUACUGAUUGCUCUGGUAAACUUGCACACUUCCCAAUAAAUACCUAUUUACUUGUAAAACUUCGUAUGUGCAGAAUUUGGCUUGCUCUUAGGACUGUGCCGUGACUUGAAAACUUCUUUGAAACUGUUGGAACAGAAGGCUC